AUGAACAGUGUGGCAAUCCACGACGUCACUUUCUCCGAUGGCACAAAAAUUGCCCAAGGCGCUUGCUGUGUGCUGGAAUCGAAAUUGCUCGAUGAUAAAACAUAUCCAUCUCCAAACGAAUUCGACCCCAAUCGCUUCCUGCAGACUUAUGCGAAGCCUCAACAGCCUGCACUCCCCAAGCCGAGCUUUGUAGCAACCAGUGUGGAGCAUUUGGGAUUCGGUGAGUUACCACGCCGUGUAAAUCGGCCUUGA